AUGGUGGCUCGCCUUAAAUUUCCAGAGGAGGACGCAUACAUCGUCGAGGAGCUCUUUCCAUCAUUCGUCACGGGCCAACAUGAACACUCUGUCGCGCAUACCGUCCUGAAGUGUAUCGGUCUAUUCAAUGACAGAUACCUGCCUCCGUCUGAGUUGUCUGCCGAAGAGCACGAAGCGUUCCUGAUGGAUCGAGCAGCAUCCUUGAAAAACUGGUUCUAUAACUACCAAGCCACACUCAAGAAUCAAGGUCCUGGGAGUAGCAAGCCAACAUCAGUUGGUGAUGAUGGAAUGGUCGGUGAUGACACAGAUAUGGUGGCUAAGCUGAAGGCUAGCAGGCAUGAUCUUCAGUUGGGACGCAAAGUGGCGAAAGAGUUGCUGGUGAACAAAAGCGACGACACUCGGGAGAGGAUGGAGACUUUGGCAUGUGAGAAUUCCCAAGCCAAAAAGUACCGCCCUGAGAAAGGUAGUCCAGAGGCAACUUUACGAAAUAUUGAUAUGCUGGAGGCGAUGACGAUGCAAUUGGUGGAUAUCGCCAGCGAAGCAGGAUGGGUUGGCAGCAUACAGCUCGCCAGCAUGUGUCCUGGGGAAUUCAACCCGAGGACCUACUUGUUUUCUAGCAUGAAUUUUGGUGAAAACGAAGGGGGACAUACUUUUGCACAGCAUUAUGCAAAAUACAGUGAUCACGUGCAGACCCCUUUCUUGGAAUUUGUUUGUUCCUCGUUUUCCCCCGAAAAAUGCGAGGAGUUCCGGAAACUAAUGGCUACAACCAAAAAGUCACGUCAGAAACGACCGCGACAACACGAUGACAGUGAUGUGGAAGAUUUUAUGAAUGACAUCAAUGCAGUUGAGGGAGUGAGUGAUGAGGAGAGCAUGGGCGGGCCAUCUGAGCCCACGAAAAGGUCCAAAAAGAAGGUGACAAAGGGGCAGAAAAAACCAUCGAGGAAGAAGACAAAGAAGACAGCAGAUACUGCAGAUACCGGUUCAGCGAGCCAUAUGGCUGAUCCCAUGACAAGCAGUACAGCCAUUCCCGUGGCUCCUGUCACAGCGAGCAGUACAGCUGAACCCCCCCCAGUGAUCAGUAUACCUGAACCCGUCACCACGAGCAGUGCAGCUGAACCCCCCAUAGCGAGCAACACAGUCGUCACCACAGGUAGUGCAGCCGAAUCCCCCGUGUCGAGCCGUGCAGUCGAUCCCACGGCGACUGCCAUCCAACCUGGCAAAAUCGUCUUCAGUGCAACCCCCCAGAUGCAGAGACGCCCAACGGCUCUGUCGGAACUGCCUGCUGCAGCGACUAGACCACUCAAACUACAGUUAUCUUCUCCAAUCUGCAAAGAUGGGACAGACCUAGGACUUCGACCAAUGGCUGGACCAAACCAGGACUUUGACAUGACUGAAUUAGGGGAUCCUUUCAAGGAUUUCAUGGAUAUGGAGUGGGUGGAUUGGGAUGGGGUAACACCGUACGCGUCGACAGGACCCGGAUUUCGGUCAACUGGAUAUGUCCCACAUGGACUCUUCCAUGGAAUUACCUCCUCACUGGAGAACUCGGCUAUUCUUACAUGCAAUCAAUGGCAGCAGGCUUAUACGUGGCAACAGCCCAGUAACGUAUGGCAACAGCCCAGUAACGUAUGGCAACAGGACUUGUCCUUCUCUGCUCCUUCCCAAAAUUCUGCCAACUACCAUCCGUUCACUUCUACCAACACUCCGGUAAAUUUCCCGAACCAAGUUCCCCCCUCCGGGUUAAAUUCUGCUGACUACAAUGCCUUCACGUCCAUCAACACCCCGGUAAAUUUCCCUAACCAGGUCGCCGCCGCCCCAAUGAGCAUGCCAGUACCUGCCAAAAAUUCACCGAACCAACCUGGUGCGCCAGCGGCCGAAAUCGAAGGAAACGCUGUGAAUUCUUCAACAGUGUCGGCAGUGCCGAUGACCGACAUCGAGAAUCUGAUGGCUGAGCCCCAGCACGCUAAUGUGGUGCCGGUAAAUGAUAAUACUCAGCAGCUUCUCACGAGUCACUCUCAGGAUGGUAUUCAAGCGCCUCGUCCCUGUGGACUGGAGGAUGAUCAAGACCAUCGACAAAUGUCAGCAGGGCCAACUGUCAACAUGGAAGAAGAGCUACCUUCCGAAAAGGAAAAUGUUCGACCCGUGCGAGAACGCCGAACACAAACCCAUCGGGAAGUUCCCCCAGAAGUGGAAGAAGCGGAGUCUGUUCUACAAUCCUGCGACCUGGGCAAAGAGUACACGCGAUGUGUAGACCACUGGAAAGAGUUUGAAAUGUCCAUGACGGUGAAAGAGGGACGAUUGGCAUCAAGAGAUCGACUGGUAGCACUGACCGAGUUGCUCAAGAAAAGGAUGCAAGCCAUGCUUCCAGUCCUUUCUUCCAAGGACCGAAUGGAGCUAAUCGAGCAGACUAUGGAAUGGUGGAUGUCACUGCAAAGUGUCGCAAGGGAAUCGGGGGAAGGGAACCUACCCAUCCCGGAUUAUACAGUGGACAUGAGCCGGAUCAGGAAGAAAGGCCGGAGUGGAAUGGUACAGGUAAUGUACUUGGUGCGGUGGUGGGGAACACUUGUACUGGAGUCAAAGAUGGCCCCUCGACAUUGGAAGGCAUUUAUGGCGGACGUCAAUGCUUGUUUAGUGGUCAUGGUCAAUGGUCCAGGGGCCCUUCCGGCAUGA